GGACUUUGCGCGGAGGGGAGCGGUGGCGCGUGCCGGGGAGCUGCGCCGUGCAGUGCGCGCCGCGCUGCGGGCAGAUAGAAUUGCCACGUGAAGCUAUGCUUGUAGAGAGCUGAAGGAUUCUAGAUCAUCUUCUGAUCUGUGUGUACAUCUACGAUCAUCGUACAAGAUGGUAUUUCGAAAACCACCGGAUGGUGGCUGGGGCUGGGUGAUUGUCGUCGUUUCCUUUUUUACUCAGUUCUUGUGUUAUGGAUCGCCGCUGGCGGUGGGAGUCUUGUAUUUAGAAUGGCUGGAUGCCUUUGGAGAAGGGAAAGGCAAGACUGCUUGGGUUGGAUCACUAGCAAAUGGAAUUGGAUUGCUUGCCAGUCCAGUCUGCAGUAUAUGUGUAUCAUCUUUUGGAGCGCGACCAGUUGCAAUCUUCAGUGGCUUUAUGGUGGCUGGGGGCCUCAUGAUGAGUAGUUUUGCACCUAAUAUAUACUUUCUGUAUCUUUCAUAUGGGAUCGUUGUUGGGCUUGGAUGUGGCCUUUUGUAUACCGCAACAGUUACCAUCACUUGUCAGUAUUUUGACAAACGCAGAGGCCUUGCACUUGGCCUGAUUUCAACAGGCUCAAGUGUUGGACUCUUUAUAUAUGCAGCAUUGCAAAGAGAGCUUAUUGAUCUGUAUGGACUGGAUGGCUGUCUGCUAAUAGUUGGUGCACUGUCUUUAAAUAUAUUAGCAUGUGGCAGUCUGAUGAGACCAUUGGAGUCAUCUGAUUCUCCUUCAUCAGAAAAAACUUGCAUAGACAAAGUCCCAGAUCAAUAUUUUGUUUACCAUGAAAAAGAAAACACUGUUGAAGAAAAUAUAAGCAUCCUUGAAAAGGGCUCCAUUGAUGAAAAAUGUGUGAACAAUGUGCCUGAUUACAAACAGGAUAGCAUUUUAAAUAAGAAUGUGUUAACCUCAAUAAAUGUAAAUGAGAAAGACACUUACAAAAAGAAGGUUGUAGAACAGACAAACUUCUGCAAGCAACUUGCCAAAAGGAAGUGGCAGCUCUAUCUGAACUAUUGGGAGGAAACGGUGGUUCUUUUUAAGAACAAAGUGUUUUCAGCUCUCUUUGUUGCCAUCUUGCUCUUUGACAUUGGUGGAUUUCCUCCUUCACUGCUCAUGGAAGAUGUAGCAAGAAGUGCAAACAUCAGUGAAGAUGACUAUCAUGUGCCCCUUAUUUCCAUUAUAGGCAUUAUGACUGCUGUUGGCAAACUUAUCUUAGGAAUACUGGCAGAUUUUAAAUGGAUUAAUACUUUAUAUCUGUAUGUAUCUACCUUAAUAAUGACUGGCAUGGCCUUGUUUGCAAUUCCAUUUGCCAAAAGUUACCUUACAUUAGCGAUGCUUUCUGGGAUUUUGGGUUUUCUGACUGGAAACUGGUCAAUUUUUCCAUAUGUAACAACAAAGACUGUAGGAAUUGAGAAACUGACACAUGCCUAUGGGAUAUUGAUGUUCUUUGCUGGACUUGGAAAUAGCCUCGGACCACCGAUUGUAGGUUGGUUUUACGACUGGACGCAGGAAUAUGACACUGCAUUCUAUUUCAGUGGCUUUUGUGUUUUACUUGGUGGAUCUCUUUUGCUGUUGGCAGCGUUACCCUGCUGGAAUGCCUGUACCAAUCAGAGCUCAAAGCUGCCUCCAAACACUUACUCCUACAAAGUUGCAUCUAGCGCUUAGAUGACAACUGGAAAACACUUUAUGCUUUUUUAUAUUAUAUAACAAAAUAUUUUAGUAAUUUGCCACUUAUUUAUGAAGUCCAAAAAUACUCUUCCACUAGAAAAAUUCCAUUGUUGCUUGAUGUUCCAUUCUUCUUCUUUUUUUUUUUUUUUUUUUAAAGAACAGUCUUAUUUUGUCUACUAUGCACUGUGUUUUCAGCCUUUGUCUACUGUAAUUUCUUUUUACCCUGUAAUGGGUAUAUUCUGCUGUAUUAUCGGCUGUACUUUUUUUAAGGAGGGGAGAGGGACAAAGACUUUGAAACAGAAAUAAAGGCCUGAUCCUUAUAGGAGGAGGAUGGCAUUACUGUCACCUUUUAUAGGUCUCUAAGUUGCACAAUCAGACUUUACAAAACAUAAAUUUGCCUUAUUAGAAUGUAAUACUGUAGUGAGGUGCUUGUAAUAUCAUACUUUUUUUUUUUUUUUUAAGUUUCUACAAUUUAAAAUUAAGUGCCAAUGUAGGGGGGAAGAAGAGGGGGAACAAAACCAAUCUUGUGGUAGAUAGCUGAUGUGAACUUCAUCAUGAAAGUGAAGAUUCUUACUACCACUGAAACUGAGUUUUUAAGUACACAUUUUGAGAAGUCUGUUUAUAUAACUGUUGAACCAAAAUCUUUUAAACCAAGGAAUAAAUACAGUUGUUGAAACCGUGUAAAGAAAUGCUUACUUGGUUAUGCAAGUUCGUAAUCUCCCAUUACAGAUGUUCAGAGAACCCCACAGAUGGGUGUUCUCAAGCAUUUGCAAGUCACUCACAGGCUGACAGUGGUGGGGGGCCUCGGUUGUUGCACAGUUCCAGUUUAUUAGGUUGGAUUUGUUGGAAAGAACUUGCGCUUAAUAGUAGAGAUAUCAACAAGGUAGAUUUGGUCAAAAAAAGGAAUAAUAUGAUAGCAAUGUCAUCUCAGUUCUGUCUUUUUUUGGAGUGAGCAUAGAUAGGAGAGACAUUAGCAAAGCAAGCAAGGAAGUGGUGAGGAGUGAAAGGAUAACUGAAGAGGCACAGGGUGAAGCUGAAUGGAAAGAGUUCCAGUGCUCAAACACCAAGCAGGCAAAUAAAGAGAAAGCCCCUGAAACUCACUGCCCAGAUACUCUCUAGCUAGAGUACAGCUGUGUGUGUGUGCUGGGUUUUUUCUUUUGUUUAAUCCGAGGCCCAGGAUUGGAGAGACUGAUGGGAACUCCCUGUGAGGCAGGAGUCUUCCCGAUAUCCUGAGCAAUGCUUGCUGUUCCUGCAGUUGCUCCUGCACCACAGAGUUGUCUGGUUGCUCUUGCAUAGUAGUCACAGAAAUCUUUCAUCUACCUGUUGCGUGUCCUGAGCACUUUGACUUUUUGCUCUUGCUUUAAAGGUUACUGGAGCAUGUUGGGAAGUCUUGUGUGAGAUGGAAGUCCUUUGACCUUUUGGAGUUAGAUACUGUAUGGUUGAUUACAAAUGCGUAAGUAGGUCUCAGCAUUGCUAUGUUCCUCAAAAGUCCGCUGUGAUUCCACGUCAUAAAUACUCCGUAAGAUUAAAAACAGGCAUUUAACUGAGCAACUUUUAUUGUUAAAGGCUAUGCACAGAGUUGCUGUGUUUUUGCAAACCUCUUAAUGGGGCAGACCUAUGUGCAAAUAAUGUUGUUGUUCUGAUCCAAGGCAGGAAAAUCUAGCUUGGCUUCAGACAGCUUCUACUGGCU